UUUUUUUUAUAUUUUAGUACCAGUUGAAAGAUGGAUGAUGACGACUUUGGAGGAUUUGAGGCAGCAGAGUCCUAUGAGAGUGGAAAUGGUGAAACGCAGACUACAUCCCCUGCUAUUCCUUGGGCAGCAUUUCCUACAGCAUCUGAAGUCCGUGCAUCUCAAAAUGUGGCCGCUGAUGUUCUUCUGGAGCACUCUGUGCCUUCUUCCUGCCUUGUUCCUUCUGACUCAUUCACUUUAUCAAGUGAUAAUGUGGCAACAGCUGUUCAAACUGCUAGCAGUGUUUUAAAUGCAACUGUACUUAAAGAACAGGUUCAAGUAGAUAUUCCAGUUGCCUCUUCAAGUUUAAUUGAAGACAAGUCAAUAGUCACAGCAGCCAUUGCACUGGAUGAUGCUGAGAUACAGAGAACAAAAGAAUUAAAGAAUGACCUGCAACAGACUAUUGUGAGCUUAGAAAUUAAACCUGGCACUGCUGAAGAAGAAAAAAAUAUCAUUAAGAAGGAAUUAGAAUAUUUAUUGGAGAAAUAUAGUAAUCUAGAAGUGGGUUUCUUGAAGGGAAAAAAAGAAAAAGUCAUUUCACAUCAAGACGAUUACAAAAUGCUUCAGGAAAAACAUAAACUGGAGUUAGAAGACAUGAGAAAAGCUGGACAUGAAGCCUUGAGCAUUAUUGUUGAAGAAUUCAAGGCAUUGCUGCAGUCUACAGUUCAACAGCGAGAAGCAGCUAUUGAAAAGCAGUAUAUACUGACAAUUGAAAAACACUCUCACAAAUGUGAAGAACUUCUUAAUGCUCAGCAUCAGAGACUUCUUGACAUUUUGGAAGCAGAGAAGGAAGUGUUAUCAGAAAAGACAGAACAAGCUUUGCUGCAACAAUCACAAAAACAUAAGGAAAUACUUGACAAAUGUUUGGAUGAAGAAAGGAAAAGAAGUAAGGAGGCUCUGGCAGCUGUGGCAAAGGCUGAAAAAGUAGCAGUGCAGGAGGCUAUUCUGAAAGCAGUAGAGGAGGAAAGAAGAAAUAUGGAGAAGAUUCAUGCAGAAGAAAGAAAAAUGUGGGAAGCAGAACGUGACACACACAAAGAGAAGAUUGCCCAGGCUGUUUUGGAAGCCAUGCAAGAGCAAAGAAAACAUAAUCAGGAAAUUGUUAAGGAAGCAUUAAUGGAGGAACAAAAACGAAAUCAAAAGGCAGUCGAAGAAGCUGUGAAAAGGACAAGAGAGGAAUUGAUGGAAUAUAUUAAUGAACAGAAAAGGCUUGAUCAAGUUGUCCGUCAGAGAAAUCUGUUGAGUUUGGAACUCUUCCUCUCAUGUGCACAGAAACAAUUAAACACUUUAAUAAAGGAAGAUGGACUUCAGCCUUCUGAAGAAAAAACAGAGUGA